AUGCAGGCACCCGCGUGCCUGCUGCCCCUGUUCCUCAUCCUCGCAUUGGCAGUGGGCAGUGCCGUUGGGAGCGAAGACAUCGUGGGCUUGGGCGGGUUUGUGAAGGAAACAAGAGAGCUUGAGGACGUUUCUGGAGGUUCUCACGAUUUGUCAGACGUCACGGUCGAAUUGUACACCCAAGGUGGUGUUCGCACGUACUCCACGGAGUGUGCCCCCAAUGGCUAUUACUUCAUGGCUAUCUACGAAGCAGGAACUUUUCUUGUGAAGCCAAAGGGGCCACCAGGAUGGGUAGUGGAGCCCUCUGAGAUUCGAGUAGAGUGUGUUGGUGAUAAGUGUGCUCAAGGGAAGGAUGUCAACUUUGAAGUGAAAGGAUUUGCAGUGUCUGGGCAGGUUCGUUAUUCAUCGACAGAGGGUUGUUCAAGUCCGGCCCCAAAACUUCAGUCAGUUGCUGUUUCUUUAACUCCCAAAGGAUCCUCUCGAACUCUGAGCACUGUGAAGGCUUCCAUCGACGGCAAGUACAGUUUCGGGCCAGUCUUGCCAGGCAAAUAUGUGGUGAAAGCAACUCAUCCUUCAUGGAGCUUGGCCGGGCCUGCAUCUGGACUUGACAUCCUUGUCGGCUGGGGUCCAGCAACGGUACCAUCGAGCUUCACAGUGGUCGGGUAUCCAAUGGCUGGGAAAGUUGAAUGGCAGAACAAGCCAGUGGCGGGGGUUGAAAUCCUGUUGUACAAUGAGACAGCAGUGGCUAUGAACUGCCCUGCACCCCCAACUUCAGAGCCAGCCAAAUCGGCGAAAUAUGGUGUUCUGUUGUGCUACACCACAACGGGCAAAGACGGAACAUUCUCAUUCACAUCUGUACCGUGUGGAAAGUUUACUGUUGUUGCAAGGUAUCAUACCCCCUUAGCACAAUUCGAGGUGGCUCCUGCAUUUCUGGAGGUUACCAUGGGCCAUGGCUCUUACCAACUGCCAUCCAGUUUCCAGGUCGCCGGUUUUUCUGUUGGUGGCCGUGUUCAACACUCCAGCACGGGAGGGGGCGUUGCAGGUGCAGAUAUACUCACAAAUGGGAAGAAGGCAGCAACAACCGACAAAGAUGGCUAUUAUGUGCUGAGCGAGAUGCAGGCAGGAACAUACACAAUUGAAGCAGCGAAAGGUGGUAUCAAAUUUACCAAGCUAACAGGGGUCCAGGUGGAACCAGCCAUGGACGCACUUCCUGGUCUGGAGGCAACAGAAUACUCCGUGUGCGGCAGUGUUGUUCUGGAUAGCCCUCAGUUUUCGCCCCAGCAGCGCAUAGCAGUGUCCAAGGCACAGGAAGCGAAGCCCAUAUCAACACUCACCAGCGAUGCGCAGGGCAACUUCUGUGUAUAUCUGCCCCCAGGACACUAUGGUGUAUCUGUGGUGGCAGCUCGAGGGGAUGUGGCCAAGGGGCUGAUCCUGGGGCCUGCAAGCAAUGAUGUGAAGGUUGUCGAUGCCCCCGUGGAUGGCAUUCGUUUUAUGCAGCACCAAGUCGCACUGACAGCCAGUGUCAAGAAACUGGACUCCCAAGCUCCAUGGGGCAACAUAGUCGUUGAACUUUCUGGUGGCGAUGUUGGGGUGCAGAGAGCUGUUUUGAGUGCAGAUGAUGGUAAAGGCAUUAGCCUUGAAGAAGUUUCGGAGACUGAAGUGCAGGCCACUUUCAAGGAUUUGGUCCCAGCCAAACUAAUGCUAAAGGUUGUGCGUGAAGGGUGGUGCUGGCAGCAGAAGGAAGUCGCCAUUUCCCUUGGUGACAAAGACGAAAAGGCCCAGCCGUUCGUGCAGAAAGGUUACAUUGCAAAGGUGACAUUGAGCCAUUCAAGCACGUUGCAAAUUGAUGGACCAGCCAUGAAGAAACAGGAAGAGCUCAGUGCUGGCACACACUCACUGUGUUUCCCAACUUUGGAGCUGUACAAUGUCAGACCCUCUGGGUGUUACUAUUUCGGACAGGACGUUGUCCCUUUGGAUCCCAAAGCCUCAACUGCUCUCGCCCUCAAGGCUACCCACUUCUUUGCCAGUGGCACCAUCACCAUGGCAGGAAAGGGGGGAAUGCCUAAGGAGCCUGUGAGCGUUGAGGUUGCAUCACGAGACACAGGGAAGAGUGAGAGAGUAGUUGUGAAGAAAGUAGGCAGCGCUCUGCGUUAUGAUGUAAAGGGUCUUCUCACUGACAUUUUGACGCUGAAGCCAGCAGCCCACACUGAGUUGUUGUUUCGACCUGAUCAACUCACAGUGAAGCACACUGGCACCAAAUGCCACCCAGAGCUCCCCGCCUUUGAGGCUCGACAAGGUGCCUUCAUAGCGGGCAGAACAGUCCCACCAGUGGCAGAUGUGAAAGUAACGGUGUCAACGAUGGAGCUUGGAUCUAGGAUUGAUGUCGGCAGCACUGCAACAAGUGAGUCUGGGUCGUUCAGGUUCGGCCCUGUGCAAGAUGAUCAACAAUACACUGUCGAAGUUGUGAAAGAAGGCUAUGAAUUUGUGCGUGAGAGCAAAGAGGGUAGUAGCGAAUUUGUCUUCAGGGCCAAGCAGCUAGCAAAGGUCGAGGUGGUGAUAGAGGUUGACUCAGCGGAUCAAGAGGGGGUGCUGGUGGUACUCACUGGAGGCAGCUACCGCAACAAUGCAAAAACCAACAAGGAUGGGCGUGCAGCGUUUUGGAACUUAUCUCCAGGCUCAUACUAUGUGACACCGUUCCUGAAGGAGUAUCAAUUUGAGCCUAACAGGAGAGAAGUGGUUGUGGAGGAGGGGAAGGACGCAACCCUGACCUUCACCGCCAAGAGAACUGCAUUCAGCGUGUUUGGGAACCUGAAGGCUCUGAGCGAAAAGGCAGUCGGCAACGCCAUCGUUGAAGCAGUUGGGACAAAUGAUCUGUAUGAAAGCGGCACAACAGGGGCGGACGGUUCGUACCGCAUACGGGGACUCAAGCCUGGCAUCAAAUAUGCUGUAAGGGUGGUGCAGUCUGGCGACGUUGAGCGGGGAUGGCCAGAGAGUCGAGAGAUUGUGGUCAAGAACAAGCCCGUAAGAGGCGUGGACUUCAAGGCCCUCCUGAGGCCUUCUGGCUACCGCAUUACUGGUGUUCUGGUGACAGCUCUGGACCAUCUGAAUCAAACAACGCUGGAAAUCGCUCAGUUAGCAGAGGAUGGUGCAAUCAUGUCCAAACCUGUGCCUCAGCUGCCUGUUGAUGUCAGCCAAUUCUUUGAGGUUGGAGGCUUACCGGCAGGACGCUAUGCAGUGAAGCCAGUCAGCCGUUUGCCUCAAUCCAACUAUGAAUGCAAUGGCAGUGAGGUGGUGGUCACUUUGGGGCACGGCCCUCAGGAGGUACAUGCUGGCGAGGUAAAGAUGUCCUGCACAGUACGCACUUCAGCUUCAGAUGGUGAAUCUGUCUCACUCUGGCCCAUACUGCUGGUCAUCCUGGCUGUUGUGGCGGUGCAGUGGCGAUCUUCAAUACAGGGCUUCCUGAGCAACGUUCGAUAA